AUGUUCCAGGCAAGCAAAACUUACCUUGAUGACCUCCAGAAAAAGCGUCUGGAGGAGAAGUGCAUUGUCAUUGACAAGCAGGAUCAGGUCAUUGGAGCUGAAACUAAGAAGAACUGCCAUCUGAUGGAAAACAUUGAGAAGGGUGAGCUGGAAGGACGAUGCCAUGCCUCUUACACCAGUGUUGUUUUCUUCAACACGAAAACCCAGCUCUUGGUCCAGCAGAGAGCAGAUGCCAAGUACACUUUUCCCAGACAUUUUACAGACUCCUGUUCUAGUCACCCUUUAUACACGCCUGAGGAGCUGGAAGAGAAGGACGCUGUGGGAGUGAGGAGGGCCGCCCUGAGACGUCUUCAGGCUGAGCUGGGCAUUUCCCAGGAGCAGAGCCCGACAAGAUAUAUGGACUGUGAGGACUGUGGAAAAGAAAUGCUCAAAGCAGGGGUUGGUGUCAAGAGACGACAUAGCCCUUAA